CGGAGCGUCGCUGUGCUGCGGAGGACGCUGUUCACAGAGCGGAAGAUGGCGACUGUUUGGAGGCUGCAGAGGAGCCUCCGGAGCUGAUACCGGGGAGGAAGAGAGGAGACACACACUGAGAACCCUUAAGAGACCACGUCUAAAACAACGACAAUAAUGUCCCACUCCCCUGACAAUGAGGAUGGAUGCUUUGUUGCCAUGGAUACAGAAGACGACAGUACAGAGCCUGCUGGGAUAACAGAGGAAGCAGAGGCAAAGACAGGGCCCUGUCGACAAGAAGGGAACAUGGACACUUGUGCCAAAGGAGGGGGGAGAACAAUGAUGGAGUUGCCAGAGGAAGUUCUUGAAUAUAUUCUUUCCUUCCUCUCACCUUACCAGGAGCACAAGACUGCUGCACUUGUAUGUAAGCAGUGGUAUCGCCUCAUUAAAGGUGUAGCUUAUCAGUGCUACCAUGGUUUUCUGAGAGCUGUCCAAGAGGGAAAUAUCCAGUGGGAAAGUCGGACAUACCCAUAUCCAGGCACACCAAUCACUCAGCGCUUUUCACACAGUGCAUGUUAUUAUGACUCAAAUCAGUCCAUGUAUGUGUUUGGGGGUUGCACUCAGAGUAGCUGCAAUGCUGCCUUCAAUGACCUAUGGAGACUUGACCUCAACAGCAAGGAGUGGAUCCGCCCUUUAGCCUCAGGCUCAUAUCCAUCUCCUAAAGCUGGAGCAACUUUAGUGAUGCACAAAGAUCUUUUAGUGUUAUUCGGUGGAUGGACCCGGCCCAGCCCAUACCCACUACACCAACCAGAAAGAUUUUUUGAUGAAAUCCACACCUACUCUCCUUCAAAAAACUGGUGGAACUGUAUAGUAACAACACAUGGACCUCCGCCUAUGGCUGGCCACUCUUCAUCUGUAAUAGGAAACACUAUGGUGGUGUUUGGAGGAUCAUUAGGAGCCCGUCAAAUGAGUAAUGAAGUAUGGGUUUUGGAUCUGGAGCAGUGGUCCUGGUCCAAACCACCCAUAUCUGGCUGUUCACCUCAUCCACGGGGAGGCCAGUCACAAAUUGUAAUUGAUGAUCAGACCUUGCUCAUCUUGGGAGGCUGUGGUGGUCCUAAUGCACUCCUCAAGGAUGCCUGGCUGCUCCAUAUGGGUUCACCGCCGUGGAGGUGGCAGCAGCUGCAGGUGGAAAAUGAGGACCAUGGAGCCCCUGAGCUAUGGUGUCACCCAGCUUGUAGGGUGGGCCAGUGCGUGGUGGUUUUCUCACAGGCUCCUUCAGGCCGUGCACCACUCAGUCCAAGUCUUAACUCCCGACCCUCCCCCAUAAGUGCCACACCAGCUCCUCUUGGUCCUGAGCCUCCUUCAUUGCGCUCUCAGUCUCCUGUUCGAAGUGGGGCGGCUGGUGUUGUUCUGGGCGCUGUUGAAGAGGCUCCGUGUGUAAACGGCCGGUGGGGCACUUUACGGCCCCGUCCUUCAGCCAGAGGAAGUGCCAGAGAUGGGAGUCCGUCUUCAUCUCAACAGCCCUCCCCUUCACAGGGUCCAGACAGCCCUCCUCUGCCUCCCCUUCCCCCCUUAAUAAAUGGCUCCUCCCCAUCACCCCGGACCAGCCCUGCCCAGGCUGCAUCCCCUCCGCCUCGGCCUCACCCACCUGCCCCAACAGACUAUGGCUGGGAGUCUCCCCCUUCUGCCGCUCAUCACCCUGAGGUGCCCAGUACUAAUGGCCUGCAUACUCCUCCUGCAGGCUCCCCACGCACUCCCCCAGGUGCAGUGUCCCCUGCUGCCUUACGACGAGGUUUGGAGGCAGUGAAAAACAAAUCUUCCUCAUCUUUACCGUCUUCAUCAUCUUCGUCUUCCCUUCAGACACAGGGAGCUUCUCCUGGAAGCAGUGGUGGAGGAGCGGGGCCCCCUGGAACCCCUCCGUCAUCCUCCUCUAGUCCUCCGCAGGCAGCUGGAGCUGAUGGACACGCUAUCCCUCCUAUUGCACGGCGUCUCGGCCAUCACCCACCUCAGAGCCUGAACGUAGGAAAACCUCUGUACCAGUCCCUCAACUGUAAGCCCAUGCAGAUGUACGUGUUGGAUGUGUCCCGAGCCAAAUCUGCGGGUGUAGUGUCCUGGAGAGUUUAUGGGAAUGGGACUCCCGCUGCAGUCACGGGGCCACCAGAGACCAGCCUUCAUACUGUGGUACAAGGCAGGGGAGAGCUCAUCAUUUUUGGGGGCCUCAUGGACAAAAAACAGAAUGUGAAGUACUACCCUAAAACCAACGCCUUGUACUUUGUACGUGCUAAAAGGUAAUGCAGCCCCAGGUAGGAUUCCGAAGGCAGACGCUCCCCCUGGGACAACACAAGGGAACUGACACACAAGGCCUUUUUCCAAUGCAAAGGAUUAUGGGAAAAGAACAAAGAGAACCUAAUCAUUGUUAGAUGUUUCACUUGAGAAAUUCACUAUUCUCCCUUCUGCCUACUGCAAGCAUUCAAAUAAAACACUACACUUUGAUAAAACCUUUUGAUUGAAUGAGAAUCCUGACUGUGUGUGUGAUUGUGACUGCAGUGACUAUAGAGAACAGGACAUUUUUUCUUGUUCCCUAAAUGGUGAUCAACCAUACAGUAAUAUUUCUGUUUUUCUGUGUUUCCCCUUCUGGACUUUAAAAAAAUAAGAGGAAGUCUGAAUGAACAGUGUUGUUGACAAUAACCGUUGACAACUACCUUGCUUUUUGUAUCACUCUUUAAGCCUGCAAUGUUUACAUUGAAAACAGUGUGAGUGUGGGUGUGAUUAUGUGUGUGUGAUGUGUGCACGGUGGUGGUUAAAAGUUGUUGACUAAUGUGUGUAGGGGGGCCAUGGUUGAUGAGAUGUGGCACUGUACUAUAAACAUAGUUAAACAAUAAAGGCCUCCAUGUCUGCUCUGUCA